AUGAUGAAGUUCGUUCAUCCACCAAAAGAAACGGAUAGUCUGCGCACAUUGCUUCACUCAGUGAUCUUGCGAUUCCGAGAAGAGGAAGUUCCGUUUGAACAGGAAACAAAACCGGCCACCGAAAAACAAUUGCAAAGAAAAAUGCCUUUUCCAGGGGAGUUUCAGAUGAAACCCAGCACCGGAUUUGAAGCUACGAUUCUCAGGAAUCACGCUGACACAACCUCACAAUCUUCUCUGCAGUGUGUCGAAGUAGACGAGGAAAAGGGAGAAAGCGAUGAGAAGGCGGUGUUGCUGGAAGUGAAACAGCGGAACGAGGAUCUGCUGCUUCUAGAGAAGGCCGUUUCUACAUUGAACUCGUUGCACGAACAUCUGAAUUUCUUGGUUCAUACCCAGGAUGCAACGCUGAACCGUAUUGAUGUGAAUAUCAGUCAAGCCUGCAGAGUACACGGUGAAAAAAACGAUCCUCGUGUUCUUCCUACUCGCCUUGCUUCUAUUCAUAUUGAUAGUGACACUCAUCACCUUCAUCAGAGUGUGGGUUUUUGGAGUGCAGUGACUCACGUGCUGCUCCGUCCUAGCGACCGAUUGGGUGAUUCGAGCUUUUGCCUUCGAUGGGUACAGCUUUAUGAGUUCUGUUUCGUUGUCAUUGAAAAGAUGAAAAGAAGCCAUAAAAGAUGA